AUGGCGCCAUCAUCUCGUAUUACUCUGCUCGUCCUCCUCGGUGUGGCCUUCGUCGCCCACGCCAGCGACCCAGACAUCCUCACGGACUUCGUCGUGCCCUCGGGCACCAACGCGUCCGUGCUCGACGGUGCCUUCUUCACCUACACCGGCCUCAUCGCCGACAACUCCGCCAACCCGGCCAAGUUCACCGUGUCGAAGGCCACCGCGGCCGAGUUCCCCGCGCUGCUGGGCCAGUCCGUCUCCUACGCCGCGCUCGUCUUCGGCCCCGGCACCGUCAACCCGCCGCACGUCCAUCCCAGGGCGUCGGAGCUGCUCUACGUGGUGCAGGGCCCGCUGAUGGUGGGCCUCGUCGACGAGACCAAAAACGAGCUGUACGCGCAGACGCUGCAGACGGGCGACAUGUUUGUGUUCCCCAAGGGCAUGGUGCACUUCCAGUUCAACGGCGGCGACCACAUGGCGCGCGCCUUCUCGGCCUUCGGCAGCGCCAGCCCCGGCACCGUCUCCCUGCCCGUGACGCUCUUCGAGUCCGGCAUCCCGGACGCCGUCCUCGAGAAGUCGCUCCACGUCGACGAGGCCACCGUGCAUGCGCUCGAGCACGACCUCGCGCCGCCCGCUCCCGCCCCCGCUCCCGAUUCCCCUCCGGCGCCCAAGAACGGUGCCGCCUCGCUGGUGCCGGCAUGCUUCUCGCUCCUGGUUGGCUUCGCAGCCGCAUUAUUGUUGCUUUGA